CCUAACCAUAAGCAAAGCAGCAGGCAAUUUCGGUUUAUGGUCCUUGAUAAGCAAGUGUCUCGGUUCACACCUUUUUACAUAGACACGUACCUUUGCGGCAAAACAAAACCUGCGGCUGGCUGGUGGGGGCCAAAGCAAAAUCGGUCUGCAGAACGCGGCGCUCCGCAUUUGGACGCGACACUAGCUCGGACAUGGACGCCUGCCGGAAUAAUUGCGAAAGUCAAAUCGCAGACUUUUACAACGGUCGCUCCAUUUUUGUGACUGGGGCAACCGGAUUCGUGGGAAAAGCGCUCGUUGAGAAGCUCGUUCGAUCCUGUCCAGGUGUCCAGAACGUUUUCUGCCUCGUCCGACCCAAAAAUGGCAAAGACGUGGACAGCAGAUUUCGCGACUACACCAAAAACUCCGUUUUCAACAGGGUACGCAAGGAGGACUCGAGGGCACUGGAAAAGUUGCGAUUGGUGGCCGGUGACGUUUUGUUGCCCAAUCUUGGACUGAGCGAGGCGGACUUUGAGAUUCUGCGACAAGAGGUGAGUGUCGUUUUCCACACGGCGGCCACCAUUCGCUUCAACGAGUCCAUCGGCCUGGCCGUCGAGAUGAACACCCUCGGCACCAGGAGGAUCAUCGAUUUGUGCAAACAACUGCCCUGUCUCAAGGCCUUUGUUCACACCUCAACGGCCUAUUCUAACGCAGACAAACGCGAGGUCUUGGAAAAAGUUUAUGACCCUAUCGUUGACCCUGACACGCUGAUCAAUUUUGUCAAAAACAUGCCAGAAGACAUAUUGAAUGGAAUCGAGCCCGUGCUAAUCGGCGGCCACCCAAACACCUACACAUUUACAAAGGCUUUGGCUGAGGUGAUUGUUGAAAGGGAGGCAUCAACUCUGCCUACAGCUAUUGUGCGCCCGUCAAUAGUUACUGCUGCCGUGAAAGAGCCACAGGUUGGCUGGAUCGACAACACCUCUGGAAUAACAGGAAUCGUUAUGGAAGUGAGUCGUGGAACAAUCCGGUCCGUUUUGUGCGAUAAAAAUAUGACCGUCGACAUCAUUCCUGUUGACAUCGUGGUCAACACGCUCUUGGUGGCCGCAGCCAAUUUGUUUUGGCACAGGCCGGAGAAGAUUCAAGUGUAUAAUUGCACUACGGGCACUUUGAAUCCUCUGCAGUGGGAGGAACUGAGGCGGUACAUUGUGAAGGCAGGCAGGGAGGUGCCGAGCAGAUACGUCCAGUGGUACCCGGGCUGCACUUUCCGAAUCAAUUUCUUGAUGCACCGACUCACUCAGAUCUUCCUCCACUUCCUCCCUGCUUACUUUCUGGACCUCAUCAUGAAGUUCCAGGGACUAAAACCGAUGAUGGUGAAAAUUUGCCAGAAAACUAUGAAAUCAGCAAAGGCCGGGGAAUUCUUCUCCACCCAUCAAUGGAAUUUCGGUGCAACUCUUAUGGAAAAUUUGGAUUUGAAUUUAAACAAAACAGACAGGGAACUAUUUCCAGUUAAUGUGAAAACGAUCGGCUGGGAAGAAUACAUUAAAAUUUACGUCACCGGAAUAAGGAAAUUCAUUCUGAAGGACGAGCUCUCAUCUUUGACAAUGGCUCAGAAAAAGCUUAAGAAGUUGUACUGGGGCCAGAGAAUUGUGCAGUGUUUGGCAAUCUUCAUGUUCGUCGCUUUCAUUCUCAAAUAAACUUAUUUUAAUUUUUGUGGA